UUUGAGUGAGAGGUGUCUUUUGUCACUUUUACAGAUGGAAUGUUCGUUACCGAUUUUCGCCAGUUACAAAAUGUCCCUUUCGCACGGUACAUGUGUACGUGUGAUAAUAUAUUAAAUUUUCGAACUUCUCGCGUGUUCGAAGCUUUUCAUUUCGUAUUCAUUUUCAACUGACUUCUCUUCUGCCGAUAGCACAAAAGUUUCUUCGUUUGCUUUGAGAUCCCCCCACCAGCCUCCCUGUAAAUGAAAUUGCUGUAAAAUUUGAUUGAUUCAUUCAUUCGUUUCAUCAGCGAACUGUACAUAACCGAGUAGUCAGUUGUUCGUUCGUUUUUAUUCAAGUUAGGACGCCUCUUGUUGCUGCAAAGUGAGAAGACUUUAUUUUUUCUCUUUUUUCGUGCUCGUCUUCUGUCUACGGAAAAGAACUUCGGAGUCUACGUUCCCCGUUAGGAUUCGCUCUUAUAUUAACGCCGGUGCGGCGUAGGAGACGCAGAGUUCUCAUGACGGUGGCUGACAAUAAGUUUAAUUUAACUCGCAACGUAACGCAACGCGUUACGACGCAAUAAUAUAACGUCGUUAUGACAUUGUGUUAGAUGCAUUCGUAUAACAGACACUCGCCGACUACUUGUGCUGCUCCGUCUCGACGCUUCGAGACCGCGAAUACUUACUUAUUGUUGGCGCCCACACGCUCCGACUACUCCCGGGGGAGUCUUGGGAAUCGUGAUUUGCGGCGUCAGGUUAUAUAUCUACUUUACGGUUUGGGUUCACUCAACACGCGUCAAUCAACCAACCGCUACUCGCUUACGACUAUGUCAACUUGAAAGCACCGAAUAGAUACGUGUUCUACGCGUGUUAUGUAGUUAUACAUACAUGUAUAAUACAUUUUCAAGGCGAACAAAGAAUUGGUAUUUUCAUACUACCAUGUUCCAAGGACCCCAAGAGUUUUACAAUCAGGAGAACGGCGGUAAGCCACCGUUAGUCGGAAUUCAGUUAGCCGUUCAAAAGAGCCCGAAAGACUACCGUUUCAUGGCAUGGAACUGGCCGUUGAUUCGAAAAGCCUGCUUCUGGUCUUUCAUGUCCUUUCUUGCCGGAUGCGUAGCCCUGGUUGUCGGAGUCAUUGCCACGAUGCCUAAGAGGUGCGAUCCACCCGUCGAAUGGUGGCAAGGAAGCGUUUUCUACGAAAUAUUUCCCGCCUCGUUCAAGGACUCAUCCACCGUCGGGGACGGGAUCGGCGACUUCAAAGGCAUCGCCGCGCAGUUGGAUUACCUGAGCGAUUUGGGGGUGCAGGUAAUUCGAUUGAAUUCGAUAUUUCCGGCGCAACAUUACCCCGAACACUACAGGAGCAUAACCAGUCUUCUCGCGAUUCAACACGACUUGGGAACGAUCGACGAUUUCAAUGCCCUGGUACUGGCUGUUCAUAGGAGAAAUAUGUCCCUAGUUCUUGACCUUCCGUUGUAUCCUUAUGUGGAGAAUUUCGGAGCUGGUGGAAAUUCGUAUUCUACGAAACCGAACAAAAGGGACAAGGAGAUACGCGAAAGAAGAGACGCUGGGGUUUCAGUCCUUCCUAACGUCCUCCCAACACCCGAACCCACGUCCUUCGAGUCCAUCAGGAACAUUCUGUCCUCUGUACCACCUCCGGUUGAUCCGAAACCAAACGCAUUUCUCGCGUCUGCGUUACAAGAGCCUGAAAAGGAUCACGUUGUAACCGCAGCGAUUAAAUUUUGGUUACAAAAGAAUGUCGACGGAUUCUACCUCAAAGGACUCGAACAUUACGCGAAGGAAAAAAAUUUCGCCGAACUUGUGAAGUACUGGAAAUUUCUCGUCGGACCCAACAGAAUACUGAUCUGCAACUCGGCAGUUCUCGCCAACGUUCCCCAGGGCGCUGCAAAAAAUGUGAUCCUCGACAGAAUCGACCUCAUCGAUGUCACUCUGAAUUUUUCCAACGGAACUACUGGGAUCAAAAGUCAAGUGAACUCGGUUCUGAACGGCAUUUUAUUCGAAAAGCCGGGAUAUCCGUGGAUCCAUUGGAGCAUCGGUGGAGUUGACACGAGUCGAAUCGCGUCCUCCCUCAGCGUUAGCAACGCGAGUAUCGCGGCAUCACUUUUAGGAAUGAUGCUCCCCGGGACUCCGAACAUAUUUUAUGGAGAUGAGAUUGGGAUGGUGGACUGCGAUUGCGAGGACCAUCGGGACCUCGAACACGUUCACAAUCUAAUGCCGAUGCUGUGGGAGGGGGCGACGGAUAAAGGCGACGGAUUUUCAUCGACGGGUGCGAUCCAUUGGCUCCUUGGGUCCACGGAGUCCAUUAAAACAACCCUUGUAGGUGCGAUACGCGCCAUGUCCAAACUACGCUCGGAAACACCGACGAUUUACAUGAACGGAGUUUACAAGGAUCACCAGAUUAACGGGAACUGCGAGAUUAGGUACACGGACGACGAAUUAUUAGUUGUCGAACGUCGAUACCCCCGUCGUAAUUCUUACGUGUUAGUCGCAAAUUUUGGGGCAGAAAAUCAGACGAAAGAUCUUUCCUCGCUCUACUACGGAGGGUACAUAGUCGUUGGUGCGACGAACAGGGUGAACAAUACGGUAUACUUCAAGGAGUUGAACAUCUUUCCUGGCGAGGCGUUUGUCAUCAAACUUGACAAGUGAGUCUGUAACGCGGAAAUAUUUGUCAACGAUAAAAUUUGUUUCGAACACAUAUUUGCGCGUAUUUUCAACGUGUAGGACAGAUUAUGGGAGAAUUAUGAAUAACCCCAGAACUAUAUCGAAUGUGAUUCUCUCAUUCUCAUAAUUCUUAUAUGAUUCUUAAUCCACAAAAAUUCCGUUCGGUGCUUUCCACAUUCCAUAUGGAAAAUCAUUUUCGCAAAUUAUUUGCGGAAACAAGAUUUGAAAAAAGAUGGUUUCAGGGAAGCAGGAUACGGUGAUGUAAUAUUGUUUUGAAAAAAAAUUACUGCAACGACGAAGAACAAUGUCAUCUAUUUUACCGAGUCACUGAUGUCGACAAUAAAUCCUGUAUAGUAUUAAAGUGGCUUUGUGCGGAUUGGGCGCGAUGUGACUUUUACCUUCGAAUAUUAGUAAUGAGCUACAAGAAGAGAGUAACUUUGCUUUUUUGCGAUAACUUUCUUACCACUAGGUAUUAUCGAUUAGUAUUCCCAUUUUAUUCUGACAAUUAUUUCCUCAUUUCUUACCUAGACAAAUUAAUAAUUUUCUAGCAAUCACCUCGGUUCAAUGAUACUGUAGCCGAUAUUUCAACUGUCGCGAAUAUCCACAAUUUCUCAAAUUAAUUUUCUGAUAAAUUGGAAGAUUACCUAUUCAUCAAGCCUUAAAUUUCGGAUACCUUCUGAUUUGGCAGAGGCAUAUUGCAGUGUCUGGUUCGAUUUGAAAUACAUAUUUGACAGAUUAUUCGCUCCCGUCCAGAAGUGAAAAUUAUCAUUAUAACGACAAAGAAAACGUGAGAAAAUCAAAAUGAAGGUACAAUGCGCCUGUGCCAAAAUUUACAUACAUAGAUAACUGCGAUUUAUUGCUUUUUUCUAUACCUUGUAUCAUAUAUGUGUACAGUAAACAGGGUAUCGAACAACAAAAUUAUUUUAUGAACUUUGAAAAUUACGCCGACUAUAUUACGUAUUGAAUACUAUACCACCUACACUAUCUGCACAGAAAUGAAAAAAAUAAUUUUCUUACAAAUACUUUACACUUUGAUGAUGCGAAUUGAUUUUAUGGUGCAAUUAUCUUUACAACAUUGUACUUGAAUGAAUUUCAUACGACUGCUGAAUCUAUUUUGAUGACAUAUAACUUAUCGGACAAUAAUUUUUUUUUCAUCUCCUCUUGUUUUUCAUUCGUCUUCAUUGUCCAGUGAACGCAAAUCAUUACAUAGCUGUGCCGAUGUAUAAUCAUAAGUAUACAUCCACAUAUUAAUUAUAACGAUAGAAUAAAUGAUAAUUAUAAAUUGAAUGGGUAGUUACAUCAAUGUGAAAUUAUUAUUUUCAAUAUAAAUCUGACAGCGAGUUCCUAUAUGUGACCAAUACUCAAGAAAUAAUAAUUGUAAUUAUAUAUUCGUGUAUUGAAUAGAAUAUAGCAAUAACACAUGAUUUGUCAUCGAUAUCAUAAAAUUCGUUUUCAUCAAACAAUUUACAAUUUCGUUUUGAUUCAUGUUUUAAUAUUGAAUGUGAAAAAAGAAAAAACGCAAAAAAAAAUCAUCAACAGAACAAAAUAACGCCUUUGAAGAUUCAACAUUCGCGGAAAUACAUAUCUCCGAUUAUUUCAUUUUUUCGAUAGAUUCUAAAUUAGGUAUAGGUGUACGAUAUAUACGUUAAACCUAUACAUACACCUCAUGUAAGCUCGUUACCAAAAAAAAAAAAAACAACAAAUCAGAAAAUCGAGAGUAAGCAAUAAAAUUAGUUGUAACCAUAGAUAUAUUGAUUAACAUUAUAAAUAAAUCCGAAGUUGAAAAAAUAUUGAAUUUAUGAUCACUGGAAAUGUGGUCAACCUUUCUCGCUAGCGCUAGUUUGGAGCUUCACUCAGAAUAUAUACGGCCGAUGAUCCUACGUCAUCCGAAGUUCCCUCAAACCUCACCGCGGAGCUACGUACGGGUCUCCAGUGACUCCCAUUCUUGCUCUGAGGAAGGUCCGCGGAUUUCGGGCAGAAAGUGCCGCAGCUCUGCAGCUGUUAGCCUCCACCGUCUUAUCUGAUUUGGAAGGGAGGCCUCGGCUGAUCUCGGAUAAGGGUGCGAGAGUAUUGUUCACAGUACAGUAAUGUGAGGGUAACUCACGCACAUUCGUGCGUGAGUUCAACUGAACGGGGCCUAUUCUGAGGUGACUUCAUUUUUUGAAAAAAUUUGAAAAGAACAAUUAUAUACUCGUACGGUGAUCUAGAAAAUUGCGUGUAACAUAAGCAUAGUACAUGAACAUGAUUAUAAAUUUAAAAAAUGAAUACCGAUUAUAAACACGCAUAGGGCUCAGAUAGAUAGCUGGGGUUUUAUGGUAUAGUUAGAGCUCGAAUAGUGUGCCAAAUUGAUAGCAGGUAAUAAUGAUUUUUUUAAGCAUAGUUGCAAAAUUUUGCGCUGUUUACUGAUACAUUUUUUUUUUUUUUUUUUUCAAUUAUCACGUACACCCGAAGUAUACACGUCACUGAAUACCUAUUGUAAUGUCAUAUCAUCAAUACAGAAAUAUUUUAUUCUAUGAUAAAUACGAAAAUAUUACUUACUUACGUCUCAUUAGUAUUUUAACGAGGAUCAGAAGAAUGGUGCGAAUAUUUCACAACUGUGAAUCAUGUAAGUGAAACUUAUAUGAUUUUGUAUUGGAAAUGUUUUGUAUGAUAAUCUAUGAUCACAUUCAGGUAUCCGAACAUUAUCGGUUUUGAAUGAUAGUUUGGUAGAUUCACUUCAUUACGUCUGAAUUUUUCGAAUAAAAAGUAUUCAAAAUGCACAUCUUAUACUUAUUUUAAUAAAAAAAAAAAAACGUUUAUUCAAAUCAUCGAUGUACAUAUACAUUUUGAUGUAAUAUAUACAAUAUAUGUGUGGUAUACUGUCAAAUCAAAUCAUUUCCUCUCAAUCUUCCAAUGCGAUUAGUAUAAUAUAAUAACAUCAUAUAUGCAUGUAAGAACUUGGCACUAUUGACAAUGUAAAUGUGUAAAUAGAUGUUCAUUACGUGAAUCAUCUUUCACUUCAAAUGAUUAUUUAUCGAACACAAUAAGGGACUUACAGUUAUCGAGGGAGGGACGUUAGGUGAAAAAAGUGAUCCUCGUUUCUUUUUUAUCGGACAAAUCAUUGUCGAUAUCAUCAACGAGUUUCAUUGGGAAAACUAUAACGAAUGAAAAAAAAAAUAAAAUAAAAUAACACCGUGAAUGGAUG